CUCCAACGAAACUGCAUCAGUCUCAUUUGAAUUGGAGACAGUAACUCAUAGGAAUCACCUUUGAUCUUCCACUUUUUUAACCCAAGCAAGAAGAUUCCUAACAUGAAGGUUUUCGUUUGCGUUUUAGCAGUUUUGGUGGCAUCAUGCUCAGCUGGCUUCCUGGGCGGUAGCUCUGGUGGCGGUGGAUACAGCGGUGGUCAUGGCGGCGGUCAUGGUGGUUACAGCGGUGGCCACGGUGGCGGCCAUGGAGGUGGUUAUGGCGGUGGUCAUGGUGGCGGUGCCGCCGUUCACACUGUCAAGGUAAUCCAUGCCCAAGGCGGUGCUUCCCAAGGAGGAUAUGGUGGAGGCUAUGGAGGCGGUUAUGGUGGUGGUGCCGCUGCCGGCGGUGCUGCUGUCAAGACCAUCAAGGUUAUUCAUCAACAACAAGCUGGUGGUUAUGGCGGUGGUGCUUCUGCCGGAGGUUUUGGUGGCGCCCAAGAGGUUAAGACUGUCAAGGUUAUCCAUCAACAACAGGCCGGUGGUCAUGGUGGUGGUUAUUCUUAUGGUGGUGGAGCCGCUGCUGGUGGCCAAGCCGUUAAGACAAUUAAAAUUGUGCACCAAGAACAACACCAACAACAUGGAGGCUUCUCUGCUGGCGGUGGCGCCCAAGAGGUAAAAACCAUCAAAGUUAUCCAUCAACAACAACAACAAGGCGGUGGUCAUUCCUAUGGUGGUGCUGGCGGUCAUGGCGGUGCUGAACAUGUCAAAACCAUCCAAGUUGUCCAUGAACAAGGUGGUGCUUCGGCCGGUGGUUACUCCGGAGGUUACUCCGCUGGCGGUCAUGGCCAUGGCGCUGCUGAAGAAGUCAAAACCAUCAAAAUUGUCCAUGAACAAGGCGGUGCUGCUGCUGGUGGUUACUCCGGCGGUUUCUCGGCUGGCGGUCAUGGUCAUGGCGCUGCUGAAGAAGUGAAAACCAUUCAAGUUGUCCAUGAACAAGCUGGUGCUUCUGCUGGUGGCUAUUCCGGUGGUUACUCCGCUGGCGGUCAUGGUGCUGCUGAGGAAGUGAAAACCAUUCAAGUCGUCCAUGAACAAGCCGGUGCUUCCGCUGGUGGCUACUCCGGCGGUUUCUCCGCUGGUGGUCAUGGCGCCGCUGAAGAAGUGAAAACCAUUCAAGUUAUCCAUGAAGAGGGUGCCGCUGCUGGCGGUGCUGGUGGUUACUCAUAUGGAGGUGCCAGUGCUGGUGCCGCCCAAGAAGUCAAGACCAUUCAAGUUGUCCAUGAGCAAGGUGGUGCUUCGGCUGGGGGUUACUCAGCUGGAGGUUACUCAGCUGGAGGUUACUCGGCCGGCGGUGCUAGCGCCGCUGCUGAACAAACUAUUAAAGUUAUUCACGAAGAAACCUCCGCUGGAGGUUAUUCUGCUGGCGGUUAUGGCGAUUUUGCUGAUGCUGGCGCUUCUUCUGCUGCUGGCGCUGGUGGCUUUGACGAUGCACUUGAGACUUUGAAAUCUCUGAAGGUGAUUGGUGCUUUGAGUGCCGAUGGUGGUGCUGCUGCCGGUGGUUAUGGUGGCAGCAGCGCUGGUUCAUAUGCCAGUGCUGGCUCUGCUGGCGGUUGGCAAUAAACCUGCGCCUCAAGCAAACUGUGAUCUUACAAUCAUACCACACCACUUAUCGUUAGUUUCAUAUCGCAUCCCGCUCUGGUAUGAUUGCUCCAAAAUCUGUUGUUAUUAGUUUUAUAAGUAGUGCCACAUUUCCACUUUUAGUUUUGUAAGGCUUACAUGAAUUUAUCGGGGUGUAUCGGUAUACACCUUGUCAAUAAAUGUAAAUAGAAAAAUUUAA